AUGGAUGCAUGCCAUUUUCUCUUGGGUCGCCCAUGGAAAUAUGAUCGUGAGACCAUUCAUUAUGGGGACACGAACACAUACAACUUUGUGAAAGGCAAUAAGAAAAUAACUCUUAAACCAAUGCAACUUGAUUCAUUUCCAAAGAAGGAAACAAAGCCAACCACUACUCUCUUCACCUUAAAUAAAUUGGCUCAAGAAGAUGGGAAUUUGAAUGUUGUUUAUGUGCUGGUUACAAAAGAAGUUAGCAAAGAAACGCCUGUUCCAAAGUUAGUGAAGAAGCUACUUCAUGAGUAUGCUGAUGUGAUGCCUGAAGAAUUACUCGAUGGUCUUCCUCCCCUAAGAGAUGAGCAUGAGGAGCUCCAGAGACAUGUAACAGAGUUGUUGAAGAAGGGGAUGAUCCGUAAGAGCUUAAGCUCAUGUGCUGUACCAGCUUUGCUCACACCAAAGAAAGAAGGUAGUUGGCGUAUGUGUGUUGACAGUUAUGCCAUUAACAAGAUUACAGUUAAAUACAGGUUUCCCAUACCCCGCCUUGAUGACAUGUUAGACACAUUGGCUAGCUCACAAGUCUUUUGA